UUUUCUUCCGGCACCCGUAGAAAUGAGUCCUCAGACAGACGUGUUGAAGCUAGAAGCUAAAGUUGACAGUUUGCUGUGUUCGGCGGCAGAGAAACAACAGAAUAUUUGUGUCUAGUGCGGAAACCAUGAAAGGAAAAGUAAAACCCAAGGUGGUGACAUCAGGGAGGCUGACCGGAGCUGCCAGAGCGACUCAAGUGACUGUAAAGCCAGCAGCAGCAUCCCGCCCCGAGCCAGCCUACUCUCUGUACUCCACAGACUCCGAAGACCAGGUCACCACUCUCCAUAAGGGUCUGGACCGCUGUGCUGCCUUGCUCGGCGGCAUUCUUCAGGCUGAAAAAGCAGCUUCGCCAAGCGUUCCAAGAACAGUGAAGGUUGGAGCAGCCAAAUCAAGACGAUCAGCCUCAUUUGGAGGGAAGAGCAUUAAGAAAGUACCUCCAAAGACAGCCCAGAAGAGUUCCCAGUCCGGCCGGCGUGGACCAGGCGCUGCAUCUCCAAGAACCCAUCACUCCACUCCUCCAGCUGCACACUCUGGAGUGAAGCUGCAUCCACCGAAGAAACAAGCCCACAAGCUGCUGCUCUCACCUCCUGCACUCGUCCAAACACUUCAGCACCUCUCCCACAGCGUCCCUCCACCCAGGACCUCCACCCCUCCACUGCAGCCCAGCGCCUCCAUCCUUCUGUCUGUGCACCAGUCGUCCUCCCCUUUAGACCAGCUGCCUCCCCGUCAGGCUGCAGCUCCACACAGUCAAGCUGAGGCUGAUGGAGAAGAGGAGUUUGUUCCUGUGAGGGACGUCAGUAUGAAGAAAACUUCCACAGACUCAAACACAAACACCUGCGCCGUGGAGAUGUCAAAUCUGCAGCUGGAGCCUGGAAAGGAUGGUAAAGUAACACAGGAGAGCAACGAUGAAGAGAAAGCAAAGACAGUUCAGUAUCUGCUGAGAGAACUCAAGGCUCUGAUCGCUGGACAAGGCAGUGUAGCAGAGAGGCUGCUCAGUCAUCUGGAACAGACGGUGUCCUCACCGCAGAUGAAUGUUGGUAGUUUAAACAUCCAGCAGACGGAGAGUGAACCAGACCUGCCGUCGCUGCUCAGCCAGAACACUCAACUCCGCAGGCGUGUUAGGAUUCUGAACCAGCAGUUGAAGGAAAGAGAGAAAGCGGAGAGACGUCAGAACCUGGAGGUGCUCUGUGACUCACAAGUACUGAGUCUGCAGGAGGAGCUCAUUACCGCUCAGUCCAGACUGCGGGAAGUCCAGGACGACCUCACAGAACUACGGAAAGCCCUUCAGGACACACAGAGCCAGCUGAGAGACCGAGAGGCAGAGAAUGCACUCAUGAAGACAGACUUGGAGGCCACAAGAAGCCGGCUACUGGACAGUGAACGUGAGAAGAGUGAGCUGGUGUCACUCGCCCAGCAAAGACUAGAGGAGAUAGGAAACCUCAACAGGCUCCUUCAGAGUCAGAGUUCAUCAGAUUGUCCUACUCUUGUUGACUCCUCACUGUCAGAAACAAGACAACAUUUUAAGCACAAGCAAGAUCCACCAGUGCCCCCCACUGACCGCAUCACCGAGUACCUCAUGUCUCUAGGCCAUGUGGCUGCAGAGAAAGAAGAAAACACACGAUCACAUCCUGAUGUCAGACCUCAGCAGAGUCCAGAAGUCCAGUCAUGCGGGCAGCGGCUGGAAAAGCAGCGAAUGCAGCUGUCCCAGUGCGACGCUGAAUCUGUCCUGUCUGACUGGAGCAUGAAGUCAGGGUCGACCUUUGACACCAGAGACGAGGCAGCGUUCAGAGACGGACUGGCAGCUCUGGACGCCAGCAUAGCCAGUCUGCAGAAGACGAUUCAGCUGGAUAUGAGGAGAUGAUGGAGCUUCUACAUGAGCUGCUGUUCUUAAUGAAUUAUGUUGUGAUGCACAGCCUGUAUUGCAUGCUGCAUUUUGCGGAUUAGUUGUCUAAAGUUAUAUUUAGGAUUUAAAAUCUUUUUAUACAUAUAUUAAAUGUAUUUAUCUUGUUGAUGAUGGAGGCACAGGACCAUAAAGGUUUUAGCAGCAGACUGGUUUGUUCCCAGUUGGUAUUAAAUGGUUUACAAAUAUA